UUUGUACGUAUCAGCUGGCUAGAAAGAGACGGCUGCUCCUUCCCCUCCUUUUCUUCUUCAAUCUUUCUCCUCUUUCGAUUUGCGUCGUAAUGGGGAAUUGUCAGGCCAUCGAUGCCGCUGUGUUGGUGAUUCAACAUCCCUGUGGGAAGAUCGAGAGGUUGUACUGGUCGGUUCCGGCGAGUGAAGUCAUGAGAAUUAAUCCGGGUUAUUAUGUUUCGCUCAUCAUUCCGUUACCUGUAUCCGAUCAAGAUGGUGACAAGGCGGCGCGUUUCACUCGCGUCAAGCUUCUUCGUCCUCGUGAUAGGCUCGCCCUCGGCCAUGCUUAUCGGCUCAUCACUUCUCAAGAGGUUAUGGAGGUUCUGAAGGCGAAGAAAUAUGCGAAAACGAAGAGGCAACAACAACUCCUGAAAUCAAAUGAAAAGUUGGAGCAUGAACAAGGGAACUUGCAGACGCAGGUGACGACGGAGCAUGAAGGACGACGCCCGAGUAAAGCGCCGGCGAUGAGCUCAAAAUCAUGGCGGCCUUCAUUACAGAGCAUCUCUGAGUCUGCAAGCUAAUAUUGUUUUGUUUUUCGGGUUAUGUCUUGUAAAGAUCUGAUUGGGAUCUUUAUGA